AUGGAGGUGGAGAAGAAGACAAUGGUGAAUGGAGGCAUGAAACUACCAAUUGGAUACAGAUUCCAUCCAACGGACCAGGAGCUUAUCUUUCAUUACAUGCUCCCAAAAGCAUGUGCUUCUCCUUUGCCUUCCUCCAUCAUCCCUGUCUUUGACGUCUUUUCUUCUCAUCCUCUUACUUUUCCAGGGGAUGAAAAGGAGAAGCAGAGAUACUUUUUUCGCAAGAUGAGUAGAGAAGUCUCACGUAAUGAGCAUAGAAUCAAGAUUUCAUCUGGUGAUGGUUAUUGGAAAACAAUUGGGAAAGAGACAAAAAUCAUUGCUUAUGGUAGAACAGUUGGGAUUAGAAGAACACUUUCUUUCUAUGAAACAAACAAACCAUUUUCUAAUAAUUGCAACAAAACCGGAUGGAGCAUGACAGAGUAUUCCCUUUACGGAUUUGCAUCAAAGGAGCGGGUGAUGGAAGAGUGGGCAGUGUACAAUGUGCAUGAGAGGAAAGCAUCCAGAGGAAGAAGGCAGAGGAGAUAUGAUGAAGAAGACUUGAGUUGCAUCGAUUUUACGAUUGAGACAGAUCAUGAAACUGGUCCUCCACCGCCCUCUCCUCCUACCUCAGCUGAUGAGUCAGAGGAGCAUUAUUUAAACGUUGCUUCUUAACCUUAACUUAUUCCACUUACGUUUCUUUCCAGCU